AUGGAUGGAGGUAUAUCCGGAGAGCGAUGGAUGGAUGGAGGUAUAUCCGGAGAGCGAUGGAUGGAUGGAGGUAUAUCCGGAGAGCGAUGGAUGGAUGGAGGUAUAUCCGGAGAGCGAUGGAUGGAUGGAGGUAUAUCCGGAGAGCGCGGGAGUGACGGAUGGCGAACUGACCUGACCGUGGUGAGCGGAGGCAGUGACGUCGCGGCGAGAAAGAGCGCGGGAGCAGAGAGCGCGGCACACUAUGAGGCAUCGUGUGCGGCGCUGCUGCACCUGCUGGCGUUCAGCGCGCCACCAGCGCUGGCGUCGGUGCGGCAGGCAGCGGUGCGCGUGUGUGCGCGCAUGGCCACUGUGGGGGGGCGGUGGUGGCGGGAGAGUGUCACGGGCGCCAUGCUGCUCGGCCUCUCCGCCUAUGUUGAUGCCCCCGGUGAGGCCAGUGUCGGGAGGUUGGGCCGCCUGGCACACGGUGUGGGAGGUGUGGGAGGGGUGGGGGGUGUGGGAGGGGUGAGGGGUGUGGGGUGUGUGGGGGGUGUGGGAGAAAUGCAUGUGCUGUGCUCCCUCGCUGCUCUGCUCUGCGUGCUGUCCCUUGCCGCCACUGCUGUGCUGUGUUUCAAGCACCCCGCCCCGCCGGCACAGCCCCUUGAAGCCCUCUCUCUCUGCGACCACGUGGUGCUGGACGCCUGCACUGCCCUCGCUGCCUCCCUCCUCGCCCUGCCUCCACACCCCCUCUCCCGCCCACUCCGCCACGCCCCCAUUCCCGCCCUCCCCCCUUCCCUCCUCGCACCCCCUCCCACUGUGCUCCCUUCUCCCCCCUCGUCCACCUCGCCCCUCGUCCCGCCGCUCGCCACCCUCACCGCCCCCUUGCUCGCCGCGCUGUGGCGCCUCCACCUGUCACGCUCCGCACCUGCUCUCCGCAGUCAUGGCACGCAGGCCAGCACGGGUAGCACGGGUUGCAUGGGCAGCAAAGGCAGCAAGGGCAGGGAUGGUGGAGGGAAGAGUAGGGGAGGCGUGGUGGCGCGGGCUGCUGAGUGGCUGUGGGGGGCAACAGGUGCGGGGGAUGCGAGGGUUGUGGGAGGGGAAGCGGUGAUGGGUGCGGGGGAAAGGGAAGGUGGCAUGGGCGGGGGAGAGAUGCAUGCUCACACCAGUGCUGCUUCGUGUGUCAUGCAAAGCCACCCAUCGUUUGCUGCUGCCACGCGUUGCACUUGGCCCGCCACCACCACUGCAGCAUCGCCCCUCACCCCCCUCCUCACCUUUGCCCUGCAAGCAGCCCACACACCCCUCCCCCUGACCCGCUGCCACUGCCCCCACCCGCCCUCCCUCCGCCUCAUCUCAUCCGCCUCCUUGCCUGCCAGCUCAGCACGCGAUGACUCAGCAGCCAGCCAUGUGGCAGCAUCUGCCUGGCAGACCGCAGCGAGCCUCCUGCGCUGGCCGGGUGGCCAUCAUGACCCGGCUGUCGCACUGCUCGCUCCCUCCUCCCACGCCACACCUCACCCCACUGCUGUCUCCACCGCACCCUCGCCCGCACCCACCACCCCCCUGCACCCGCCCACGGCUCACGCCCUGCUCGGUGCGCUGCUCGCCCUGCUCUCCUCGCCCUGCCCCGCCCUCGCCUCCCUCUCCCGCACCGCCCUCUCUCAAGCACUCACAGCAGCCAACACCCGCCCUGCCACCUCGUAUGAGGCACGGGGCACAGGAGGGGGUGGGAGAGAGGGUGGGAGAGAGGGUGGGAGAGAGGGUGGGAGAGAGGGUGGGAGAGAGGGUGGUGAGCGGGCAGCAAGCAGGGCAGCACCCAGUGUUCUCCGUGACCACAGCAGCGCUGCAGGGGAGGCACAUGGUGACGGCAGCAGCAGUAGCAGCAGUGGCGGGUGCAGGGCAGAGGGCAGGGCAUGGGAGGGCGGCCAUGAGCCUAGUGUGAGUGGCCUGGCAGCGGCUGCUGUACGCCAGGCCUCCCUGGCGUGCCGCCUCUGCUCGCGCUCCGCCCCUCGUCACUCCUCUGCACCAUUUCUCACCGCUGACAUGCCAGUACAGGAGGUGGAAGCUGCGAUGAAGCUGCUGGUGGUGGCAGUGGUGGCGUGUAAUGGGCGGGGAGGGGAGGCAGUGCGGGCGGAGGGGGGCUUGCAGGCCGUGGGACUCGUGCCGUUACCAUCGCACCCCACGGCAGUGGCAUUAGAGCCACUGGCACUCACCCCCCCCUGCGCGCUCCUCCCUGAGAACCUCAUCCCCGCCCUCACUCGUCUCCUCCAUCCCGCAUCGCCUGCCGGUCUGCGCUGCCUCGCUGCCCGAUGCCUCUCUCUCUGCCGCUCGCUGCCCCGCCCCCCCCCACCCUCCGCUGCACUGUCUGCUGCUGCCAAACAGCCCUCUCAGCAGCAGCCCUCUCAGCAGCAGCCCUCUCAGCAGCAGCCCUCUCAUCAUCCUCCAUCUCUCCAGCCGCCUGCCACACACAGUGAGCCACCCGCCCUGGGAGUGCCAACUGCUGUGGCCCGUGACAUCCGCUCUGCUCUCACGUGCCUCCCCCCUUCCUCCUCCCCGCCCUCUUCCCCCCACGCCGCUUCACACACUCACUUCACCCCGCUCACGCCCUCCCCUGCAAGCCCCAAAGCCCUCGUGGCGUUCGUGCUCACGCACCCCUCGGCACCCACUUCUACUGCUGUCGCCUCCCCACUGCGAGUGGUGGCACAUGCGGCAAUCAUUGGUGCCCGCUGCCCCGCCCUCCUCUCGCCCCUCAAUGCCCCCUCUGCACCUGCUCGCCCCUCCCCAUCUGCCCCCCCCCAUAGCACCCGCGUUCUUCCCGUGCAGGAAAAGGAUGGGGGGCCGAGUGGGCAGGCGCUGGCAGCCAGGGGAGGAGUCCGGGCAGAGGGAGAGGAGGGGGUGGUGAGAGAGGUGCGCAUGGGGAGGGGUGUGAGUGGUGAGACGUUCAGUCAGCUCUUGGAGUAUAUUUACACAGGACAGGUGUCGCUCUCUCAAUGGCCGUCCAAGGAUCUGCUGCAGCUGGCUAAGAAGUGCCAAUUGGAUGGGCUCGUUGCACUCCUUCGCUGUGAUUGGCCGAUCUGGGGCAGGGAUGAUGCGAUGGGGUGUGAUCUGACGUCAGCACUUGGUCCAGCUGGGCUGCCUUGGAGUGACAUUGUGCUGUGUGUGCCGUGCACGCGCCACGCUCCCCUCUCCCCCACGCACGAACCACCUGCAAGCGCCAGCAGCCGUGGGGAAGAGGCGCAGCAUGAGGCGUGCGGAGGGCCAGAUGGGGAGGGCAGCGGCGAGGGGGGUGGCGGGCAGGGGGGCGUGUGGCGGUGUGUGCGGGUGGCGGCGCACCGCUGUGUGCUGGGCGCGCGCAGCCAGUACCUGCACGCCCUGCUGCACUGCGGCAUGCGUGAAAGCUCGCAGCACGACGUGCAGCUGCCACCACUGCCCCUACCAGCGCUCAUCGCUCUCCUGCGCUUCCUCUACUCCGCCCGCGUCUCCUUCCUCCCCCUGCCCCUCCCUCCCCAUGCCACCCGCACGCCCACCAACAUGAGCCACCCAACGCCCACCACUGCUGCUGCGAGCCCCAGCCGGCAUCACAGCGCUCCUGUGCCACUCUCCUCUCUGCGCCUGCCCCCACUCUCGCUCUCCACUCGUCUGCUCUCCGCAGUGCACCUCGCAUCGCUCGCUCACCAGUGGAUGCUGCCCGCCCUGCACCACAGCGCCCUCUGCUACGUGGCAGCACGCCUGCGCGCCACCUGGCAUGACCCAGUCAGCAGGGACCCCGGUUUCUGUGCGGUUGACUGCAGUGAUGGCAGCAGUAGCAGAGGCAGGAGCAGCAGCGCCACCACUGGCACGGCUGCUGCCACCCCGGAUUGGACCACUGAGAGCCCAGUGGCGCCGUGGGCGGCAGGGGAGGUGGUGGUGCGGGCGGCAUGGGCGGCGGGGCAGUGGGAGAUGGUGGGGGAGGCGGUGAGCAGCCUGGCACCGUGGUACCCCGCCAUGCUCCGCACUGCCUGCCUGCACCGCCUGCCGGCGCAGGUGCAGAGCGCUGUCAGGGAGGCGCACGUGCGCUUGCUCACUACACACCACUGA